AUGAAAAACAAUUGUGAAGAAAAUCUUGUUAAAGAUAAGGUGAAAAAUGUUUCUCAUCCUGAAGAUGCUUUAAAAUAUUUGAAGAAUUCAGUAUUAUCGUGUUACAAAAAUAUAGUAAUAGAGGUGACAAUUUUGAUGUCAAUUUGUGGAUGUUUUUGUGCCUGUCUAGAGCUGAAUAACAUCAUGGGCUUGAAAAAAACCUAA